GCCUCUUUACAACAUAUCUGGAUCCCAAUACCUUGGUCUGUUGAAAUUUUUCAACAGCUACCAAAGGAACAACGUGCUUGGCAAGCAAGAGUUGAGAGCCAUCCUCAGUCGUAGAGACAUCAAACCAACCGACACUGAGCUCCAGCAGAUGAUUGACAGUAUCAGUGUUGAAUCGUCUGGCAUCAGCUUCCAAGCGUUCGUCGACUACAUCAGCGUGUCUCCAAGGCUCCGUGACCAGGAGAAGGACUACUCUGCUGUUUUCAGCAUCUUUGACCGCUCUGGCAAUGGAGAAAUAUCCCGUGGAGAGCUUACCAUCGUUCUUGUAAAGAUGGGCCGCCGAUACACAGAAGCGAAUGCAAUCCUCGAAGCCUGUGACAAAAAUAAAGACGGGAAGAUCCAAUAUGAUGAGUUCAUCGAAGUUAUGAAGAAAAAAACGUUUGAUGACAUUGAUGUUAAACCGAUUGCACUUGGUUACUGAAUGAACAGUUUUGGAAAGGAUACUGCGUACUUUUAUU